AUGAUUCAGACAUCAACCAUAACAAAUAAUCAUUCAUCUAAUAUAUCAACUUUAAAUUCAUCUAACUUUGAAUCUUCUAUACCUGAUUCAUUUACAUCUUCAACAUCUUCUAAAAUGACAUUAAAAGGAGUAGAUCAUAAUAGUAAUCGGAAUGAUAUAGAAACAACUAUAGGGAAAUUAGAUCCUGAAAACAACCAAAAGAAAGACAAUAGAAUUAAUCAAGACAGUCAAACUGAUCAAAAUAAUCAAAAUAAGCAAAAUCAAGUAACAACGCGUCCUAAAUCAUCUUCUAAUGUAUCUACUUCAUCUAUUCAACAACAACAACUUCAACAACAAACACGUCAACGUAGAUCAAAUUCAAAUAAUGAAAAAAUAAAAAUACUUGAUAUAAAUUUCAAUCAAGAUCAAGGAUGUUUUGCAAUUGGUCAUGAAAAUGGAUUCUUAGUAUAUAAUACAGAUCCAAUAGAUUUAAGAGUUAAAAGGAAUUUCAACAACAACAAAGAUACCAAUAACAAUAUUCACUAUCAAAAUCAAAUUAUAUCAAAAAAUAUUUCAAAUUCAAUAUUAAAUAAUGGUUCAGGAAUAGGUCAUAUAACAAUGUUACAUAGAACUAAUUAUUUAGCAUUAGUUGGUGGUGGUUUAAAUCCAAAAUUUCCUCCAAAUAAAUUAAUAAUAUGGGAUGAUUUAAAAAGAAAAAUAAGUCUUAGUCUUGAAUUUAACAAACCAAUAAAAAGAGUUUUAUUAUCAAGGAUUAAAAUUAUUAUAGUAUUAGAAGAUCAAAUUCAUAUUUAUAGUUUUACUUCACCACCUAAAAAAUUAAUGACUUUUGAAACUUCAAUUAAUGAAUUUGGAUUAGCUGAUUUAUCAUCUAUUAGAGCAACCACCACCACUAGCUCUAGUACGGAGGUUAGACCAACAAUUCAAAAUAAUAAACAUAAUUCAAGAGGUAGUUAUGGAUCAGUAUCAUCAAAUUCUUCAAAUAAUUCAAUAACAUCAAAUACAAGUAUAACAAGUUUAUUAAAUCAAAAUUCAUAUUAUAAUCAACAACAACAACAACAACAAUUACAAAGUUCAAAUUUAGCAUUUCCUGGAAAAGCAAUUGGACAAAUACAAAUCGUUGAUAUUGGUCAACAAACAUCAUUAUCAUCAAUACAAAAAUCAAAUACAACAAUAACAACAUCUUCAACCACCCCUAAUACAAAUCUCCCUACACAAUCAUUAAAUUCAUCAAUUAUAAAAGCACAUAAAUCACAAAUUAGAAAUUUAUGUUUAAAUAAAGAAGGAACAAUGAUAGCAUCAGCAUCAAUCCAAGGUACAAUUAUAAGGAUUCAUUGUACAAAAACAACAACCUUAGUAUAUGAAUUUAGAAGAGGUAUUGAUAAAGCAGAUAUAACAUCAUUAAAAUUUAAUCAUAAUAGUUCUAAAUUAGCUGUAUUAUCAGAUAAAUAUACUUUACAUAUUUUUAAUUUACAAUCAUCAUCAUCAGCUACUACAACCACCAGCAAUGAAUCUAAAUUACUUAAAUUUUUACCAAAUCCUAUUAUACCACAAUAUUUUAAAAGUAAAUGGAGUAAUUAUAAUAUAAAUACUUCAAAAUUUCACUCGGUGGAAAAUGAAUUAGAUAGGGGGGAAAUUGGAUGGAUUAAUAAUUAUAAUUUAUGUAUUAUUUGGAAAAAUAAAAGAAUUUGGGAAAAAUAUUCAAUUAUUGAAUCUGAUGAUGAUGAAGCAGGAGAUUUUAAGAUAAUUAGAAGUAGUUGGAAAUCUUUAGAUUUUGAUUAG